CUCCUGAUGGAUGGAGACAAGAUCAAAUGUGGAAGACUUUUAAAAGAUAUGACAGAGUCCCAGAGAUCUAUGGCCUAAACAAGAAAGACAAGUAUGGGAGACAGUUUGGGUUUGUGAGAUUUCAGAAUGUUAAGAAUGUGAAGGAAUUGGAAAGGGCACUUGAUGAGAUUACUAUUGAUGGAACCAAACUGCAUGUGAACCACCCGAGAUUUGAUAGAAUGUCAAAAAGAUUGAGACUAGGAAAUAAAGAUGAAAAAGAGGAUGUAGAGUGGAAAGGUGCAAAAGAGAAGCCAAAAGCAAGGCCUUUAUAUGGCAAUGGCUACAAAACCUAUGCAAAUGUCCUAAGAGGAUAUCCCAUAAAGAACAACCUAGCACAACCAACAAGGAGCUAUGUUGGGAUUGUAAGGCGAGUGGAUCUCAUCCCAACAAUGCAAGACAAGUUCUUCAUGGAAGGUCAUUGGGAUUGGAGCAAGUUUGCAAUACUAUCAGAUGAUGUUGAGGUUAAAGACGAGGACGUGGCCAAUGAGGAUGAGGCUACUAUUGACAUGGCAAUUAAGGAUGAGGUGGCAGAAAAAACAACAUGGAAGUGGAGGGGUUGCUAGUAUAGGACAUUAUUGUUGGGAGUAUUGAAGAAAGCAAAGGGAAUAGUCUUAGCAGUGGUGUGAUGGCGUGUGUUGAUAGUAAUAAUGAAUCCAUAUCAAA